UCCCUGUCUCCCUUGUCCCCUCCCUCUCGUCUUUCAGACGGUCUGUUUUUGCUGCAGUGAACGGUAGCCGUGGAGAGAGAGCGAGGGGAGAGAGAUACAAUAUACAAACACAGAGAAAGAGCGGAGGAAGAAAAGCGAGGAGAGGAGAAAAAACAACAACAAGGAGCCGGGAGAAGGAGAUUUAAGACAACCACAAAAAAAAAAAAAGUCGAUAAAAGCAGAUUGAGAGGAGGCUCCGGACAAGCGACCGCUUCGCAUCAAAGCAGGGACCUUUACUGGGAGACCUUACUGGAGACCAACAAAACCACACUCCGGAGGCGGAAUAUAACGGUGACACUCCUGAGCUCCUCUGCCCUCCUGAGGAUUCAGUGAGACAGGUGGAUCUGCGCGCCCGACCAUGGCCUUCCCAUCAGCCCCCUCCGCAUUAUGGAGUGUCAGCUUAUUGACGACACUACUCGCAGCUGCGGUUCACAGCAACAUUGUCUUUGAUGACGACCCCUUGCAGCCAAUGACCACAGACGAGACGGUGUCCGUGGGGGGCAAGGUGACGCUGACCUGCCGGGUGGCGGAGAGCGACAACUCCUCGCUGCAGUGGUCCAACACCGCACAGCAGACCCUCUACUUUGGAGAGAAGAGAGCGCUGAGAGACAGCCGCAUCCAGCUGCACCGCUCGACAUCCACCGAGCUCUCCAUCACCAUCGACGAGGUGCAGCUGUCCGACGAGGGCGAGUACACCUGCUCCAUCUUCACCAUGCCGGUCCGCACCGCCCGCGCCACCGUCACCGUGCUAGGUGUGCCCAGUCAACCUCAGAUUUCUGGUUAUGAGCGUCCAGUUGUGGAGGGGGGUGAAGUCACCUUGACCUGCAACAGCACCGGCAGCAAACCCCCCGCCACGCUGCACUGGUACAAGGGAGACGAGGAGCUGCAAGGGUCGCCGAACGUGGUGGCGCCCUUCCCGGACCAGCCCACAUACGUCGUGACCAGCGAGCUCACCCUGAAGGUGAGCCGCAGCGACGACAAAGCCCUCAUCACCUGCGCCGUCGACCACCCCUCUCUAACCACAGGGUCCAAGAAGACCGCGCAGGCCCUGCAGGUGUUGUAUUCCCCUAACGUGCGGAUCGACCCCGAAACCGAUCUGCCCAGAGAGGGGGAGAGGUUUUCUCUCCUGUGUGUGGGCAACGCCAACCCAGAGCCCAACUCCUACAUAUGGGAGAAGAAGGAUGGAGAGCUCCCCCUGCUGGCCAAAGCCGACGGCGCCGUGCUGCAUUUCCCCAUGCUCAACAAGUCUGAUAACGGCAUCUACCUCUGCCACGCCGAAAACAGAAUCGGACAAAGCCAGGGGGAGUACACGCUCCUGGUGCAAGACCCAGACGCCACCUUCCCAGCAUUCGAGUCCUCAGAGUCUCCGUCUCCCCCGUCCUCGCCCUCCCCCCCGUCCUCCUCCCCACUUGAUGUCUUCUACGGCUCCGGCUAUGAUUCCACCGACUUUCCCUCCUCCACCUCCUCUUCAUCCACCCCCACCUCCUCCUCAUCCUCAUCCUCAUCCUCCUCCUUCACCACCACCUCUCCAUCCAGCUCCCCUUCCACGACUGACAUGUCAAACACCAUCUCCUCCUCCUCCUCCUCCUCCUCCUCCUCCACCACCGCCAUCUCCAACGCCCUCUUCCCCGACCUGCCAUUCUCCCCUGACUCCUCCUCCUCCUCUUCCUCCUCAUCCUCCCCAACUCCUCCUCCCGCAUCCACGGGCAUCACUCCUUCCGCUGCCUCUCCCUCCUCCUCGCCUCCCGCCUCCUCCUCCUCCUCCUCCUCCUCCGCCUCCUCCUCCUCCCUUACGCCCCCCGUUUCAGUCCGGCUGAAUGGAGUUUACACUUUCACAGACGAGCCAGACAACGUCCCAGACCCCACAGCCAUGUCGACCUCCUCGGGGGUGGACCACGCCGUGAUCGGAGGGGUGGUGGCCGUUAUCGUCUUCAUCCUGCUUUGCCUCCUCAUCGUCCUCGGCAGAUACCUCAUCAGACACAAAGGAACGUAUCUGACCCACGAGGCCAAGGGCUCAGACGACGCCCCCGACGCCGACACGGCCAUCAUCAACGCAGAGGGUGGCCACUCCGGAGCAGAGGACAAGAAGGAGUACUUCAUUUAGACAGAGGACAGAGUGGAGGAGGAGGAGGAGGAGAAGGAAGGGAGCGGGAGGAGGAGAAGGAGGAAAGUUGGAGGACAUGGAGUAGGAGAGAGGGGAAGAAGGAAAAAAGAAAACCUCCAUUUGUUUUCACGACGCUUCAGUUCUUGGUUCGGUCGGAGGGAUGCUGGGAGGGAGGAGGGAGGGGAAGGAGCUUCUGCUGGUCCUUCCCUCUCCAGCAUCGAUACGUGGGGACGUGAGAACUGACGUACGGACGAACUGAAGUUACAAACACACACAAACACACACAAACAAACAAACACACAAACAUGAGUCGGUUUUGACGAAAAUCUCCUCGUACGCUCGCAGGCUCCUACUAACACUUUAACACUUUUAUCCCCCACGAAGCAUCGAAUCCUGUUUCUAACCGUCAGUGCUGCAAAAAAAACAAACAAACAAAAAAAAAAAGGCUAAAUUGUAAGUCACAUUCCGACCUGUCUCCUCAACAUUUAAACCAAAAUGGUCUGUUUUUAGACUUUUUUUUUUUUUUUUUUGUCCUCGGUAAACGUCCAUCCUUGUGGUGGAGAGAGAUCCGUCUAUAAAAGAGAAAAUUAUUACCGACACAUAACCUCCAUCAAACCUCCUUCGUGCGUCCUCGCCGACAACCCCCAGAUCUGAGAAAUUUCCUUUCAUGCAAACACACAUGCAAAGCUAGCAUUCCCACCUUGUGCAACCAAGCCGAGGGGCUCCAGUAUACAUAUAUAAAUAUAUAUAUAUAGAAUUAUAUAGCAUUCUUUUUACUUGACAGAAAAUGUUUGGUGUGCUGUAAAUACUCUCUCUCUCUAUCUGUCCUAUUUCUGCCUUUCUGUCUUUCUCUUCCUCUCUACAGCUCCCCUCUCCUGUAUCUCAAAAACAGUGUGUUACUGCCUCGCAGUAGCGUAUAUACUCAAAGACAAGCCUGCCUGUUUCUAUUACACGCGUGGAAAUGCAGAGUCGAAGAAUAUCAAAUAAUAUCUGGGGGGAUAGAAUAUGAAAAUAACAGCGGCGAUUGUUGCGAUGAAAACUAACAUUAACUGCAAAUGUUUCUAUGACGAAUGUUUUCCUUCUGUUUUAAUCUGAUCUUUAAUUCCUGUUUGUUUGUUUUUUUUUAAUUUAGUUUUUUUUGGGUGGGGGGUUGGGGAGGGGGGACUUAUGAGAGAUUUUCUCUCGUCGGUGUCUCUGUGUGUUACUGUCAGUGUUAACGGUUUACAGUGUCUUUCGGUUCGUCAGUCCAGGAGUCCAUACAUCUUGGUUGUGUUUUGAGUUUUAAAAGUUGUGAUGCGGUUCAUUCAUUCUUCUUCUUCUUCUUCUUUUUUUCUUAAUUUCCUGUGUGCCGCCAUUUUCUCCCUGCUCUCUUCUUGGGCCCUCUGUCCCCGAGCACUGAUCUGUAGCAAAAAAAAAACAAAAAACAAAACCUCGGCUUCAUAAAGAGUUUGUUUGUUGGAGUUGAUCUGGACUAAACUGCCCGGUGCUUGUGCUGAACUCUCCUCUCCCCUUCGCCAUCCUUUCUCCCGGCUGCAGACUGCCCGCCCGUCUAGUCCCGGCCACCUGGCGCUCAGCUCAUUGAGUAGUGACAUCAUGACUUCUACCAACAAACCGGUGCGUUUGCUGCUUUCGGGAGUCAAAAGAAAUGCUUGCUUUUCACUCCGGAGCCAAACGGGACUGCCCACACGCAUUACGACAAACACGCACACGCACACAAAAUCGUCCUUUCUGCUGCUGUUGUUUCUUUUUUCUCUUUUUAUUGCAACAGGAAUCAUUCACCAGCUUAGCAAAUGGUUCCCAUAAAUGAACAGGGCUUUAUUAAGGUUGGGAGUUCGCCUUGGCACGGCCAACUUCCACUUGGCCCGGUCAUGGAAAUUGAUUGCAAUCUAACUAAGAGGCUCCGGGCUUCCAGACUGCACAGAUGCCAAGGUUUUGGUUUGGCGGGCAGGGUGCCUAGCUUCAGUCCGGGUUGUGCUAACGGUGAAGAAAAGUCAUUUAGAAAACUUAAAUGUCCCCUUCUCUUUUUCUCCCCCCGCUCCGCUUGUCCACUCCCCUUCGCUCUUUAAUCAGUCAUCCCGUCUGCGUCCUGAUCCACCUUCACCCCGUCUCUCCUCAGCGCUGAUCGAUGGUUCUCCUUCUCUUUCUCCGUCUCUCAUUCCAGAAGUCCGUGUACAGUAGAAGUAGCGUUUGCCGGGUGAUCGCUGAUCAAUUCUAAGCAAGGAAUCCAUUUGCUGUAGUCAGUUUACCCAUGGACAGUUAAUGUCUGUUCUAGUUUUUGUACACCUUUUUUGGGAAUGUUCAGGGACUGUGCUUUUCGUACCUUCCCCCCACGUUGUCGUUAAAUGCUAGCUAGCCGGCUGCUUGGGAAACAAUCAGCCUGCUAGUACAUCUAUAAGCUCGCUACUACAAAGGGUAAUGUGACCUGAAGCGGGGUCAGCUGUUUUUUUUUCAGUUUUUUUCCCAGUCAUGUCCUUUUCAACAGUGUUCUGUUAAAACGUUAUGCAUCCAAGAUUUCAGAAAACUGUUUUCAUUGGUGUCUGCAGACCAGAGCUCCGUCUCUCGGAGCCGCUCGUCCACUUUGAAAAUGUUACCAUCGAUUUGUAUUUAACCCUAGUCUAAUUCUGCUCUGCGAAUGGAGAAAGGAAGUACCUGCCUCAUACUCUCAACAAAGUGUAGUGUCUUAAAAACUAAUGGACCUGUAUUUGCCUGUAACUUAUCGUCCUGUCCUUCGUCUUAGUUAAUGUGCUAGCAUGUAGCUUGCAUGAGAAAUGGUUGGAAACUGUAGAUAGCGUUCGGAGUUGAGAAGUGGCGACGGGAUUCGUCUCCCGAGACGAGAGGGAGGUCCGGCCCAGCUGACCUCCCUGCUGUUCUCUGGUCUGCAAACACAGGCUCAGUCACCUCCCGGCGACCAGGAGGCGACUGAGCAGAUCAUUCUGCCCCCACCACUGCUACAUCAAGACCGUGCAGGGGCAUAGUGGACAUGGAGUCAGUGGAUUUAUAUUUCAUUGCAUCGGUGCAGUAAUGAUUAGCUGCCACCAGGUGUCAGCAAACAACAGCUUUUCUCCUCCGUCGUCUUCAGUCAGCUCAAGGUGUCCUGCCCCACCACUUGACUCACCAUCCCCCCCCCCCCCAGGCAGUCGCAAGCCAGCUGCCGCUCAUCACUUUUCCUUUUUGUAGAAUAAAAAAAGAAAUCGGUUUUUAAAUUAUGUUUUUGUAAAAGGUGUGCAUAAUCUUAAAUUGAUUAAUUCAUUUUCUCUUUUUCUUAAAUUUAGUUUUUCCCCCCCAAAACUUGAAGGUUUAGAAUUUUAGUUUUUGCAUAUUUUAUUGUUUCAACAACCUUUUUUUUUUUUUUUUUAAAAUAUAAUUUCAUGUAUAUAGUGUUGCCUUUACUGGAUACAAAGCGCACCCGAUAUACACGUCGCACACACACACACACAUUGGGUACAUGCACAUCCACACACAUAUAUCUGGAUACGCACAACAGGUCUGUUACCAUUGUGUGUUAGCGCAUAUGUGUGUGCAUGUGUGUUUGUGUAUGAGUGUGACAUGUGUAUUGAUUGACCCAAACCGACUCCAGAGACACUCUUUACAUGUGUUGCAUUCACAAAAACGAUGUUUCCUUUUUCGGUGACGACUAAAAUGAUAAAAAAGGUCUUUGGUUUUAGGAUUAUUAUUAUUAUUAUUAUUUCGGAUGACAAGUCUUCCUUUUGAAUAAAUAUCCAUAUCACAUGGGAAUAGUGGUGUCAUGUAUGUUAAUUUGUAUUAUGACUGAUGAUGUCAUCAAGGCGAGACCCAACCGCAUGCCGUGGUGGGUUUUUUGCGUCUGUUGGCUGUUACGUUCAUGAAGUAUUUUUUUUGUUGUUGUUUUAUUUUGUUAAGUUCAGUUGUUGACUUCAAUAAACAUGCAUUUGGGUUAAA